UUCCAUUACGCCUCUGCCGUGGUGUCGACGUGCGUGACCCAUCCGCUGAUACGGUUAUGCUCCUCUUACGGCGCUGCUCCAACUCGGCCUCCCGCCGUCUCAUGCCUUCGUGUAAUAUCGGAACAAGCACUGCCCAACGCGCCCGGCAUUCCUCGGCGCUCUUCCUCGUCCAUAACAUCCUCGCAACGUCGUCCCAAUGGCGCACGCCAUAUUGUUCUACCGCUUGCAUCAAAAUCCCGUCUUCGAUCUCGGACCAGCGAGGUGACUGCUGUUGCUUCUGAGGGCUGUGUUCCUCUUCGGGCAUUUUUGCAGACAUUUCUCUUGGUUUGGAAAGAAGAUAUACCCAGGUAGGGAGGUAAAUCGAUGAAUGGCUCUCGAUAGAAAUAUAUAUAGACAGAUGGGCCAGGUCACUUUCUUCCAGGGGCGCUUUUACACUCAACAAUUCUCGCCGGACCCCUCCCCACCGUUUCACUCUGCGGAGAAAAGGCGCAGAAAAAGGGACGUGAACGUGACGAUGUCGAGGUCCGAGGAGGGGGGAAACAAGCAGA